AUGGCGUGCGGCGAAAACUCCAAGCACGUGCACGGCAAAGCCGGGGAGCGGGGUCCCACGAGCCGUCUCGGCGAGAGUUGGGAGUUUCGGCGCGCGUUUGAACGCGCUGCGGCGCUCAUGAGGCGGCAGGAUGAGUGGUGCGCGGCGGCGCGGCUCGGCUUGGGGAACGUCGAGACCUAUCUCCCUGUCGAGUUGGAGUGGGAGGGCCUGAUUGCCGUGUUGAGAGGUCACGUACACGUCAAUACGCACUGCUACACGAUCAACGAUUUGGAGGCCUUUGUUGACCAUUCGAACGAGUUUCGGUUUCCAACACCCCCGGCUUUGGCCCUUUUUGCGGAUAACAUGUGGUACAAGGCAGAAGCCUACAUCGGCUCCGAAUACGCUGGAAAGAUUCUGUACGAGCAGGGUCUGACGCCAAUUUACGUGAGCGAUAACCCAGUCAUCAACGCGCAGCACCUCAUCCUAGAGGCUGCGAAAGCACACCGCUACGGGCUCCCGUACCACGUAGCCCUCGCAUCCGUUACGACGGCGCCCGCGGAGCGCCUAGGGCUCGGUAGCCGGCUGGGAAAGGUCAAGCCUGGCUUCGACGCCGAUGUUGUGGUUUGGGACAGCGAUCCGCUUAGUCUCGGGGCUAGCCCGGUGCAAGUGUGGAUCGACGGCGUCGCCCAGUACGAAAACCCCGUGGAACUUGAGAAACCGGUUAAACGUCUAAAUCGGCCCCUGACCAAUUGA